AUGGGAAGCAGCACCGGCGGCAGCAACGACGUCGAAGCUGGAUUCGCCGAAUUGCAAGGCGAAGACUUUGAGUUGGGGUAUGAACAUCUCUCGCCACCAUGCCCGUAUCUUUUACGACUUCCAAACGCCGGCGUUUUUGCCCUUGAAGUUCUGGGAAAGAAUGGGUGCUUCAAGGAAGGCGUGCUUCAUCUUCACGGUAACCCUCCGAUUAAGCUCAAUUCGCAAGACCUUCUCCAGAUCGGAGACAAGGAAUUUAAUUUCUUCUUGCCAGUGAGGAGUAUUCUUAGUGGCCCAAUUGGUCCUAGCCAUCACGUUGGUGUUAACAUGAAUUAUCCUCCUGCUGUUGCUGGUGGCUCUUCAGCAAUGCCUGUCCCUCAUCAUGGUCAGCACCAUUUUAGAUUGCUGGAGGCGGCGGAUUCGACACCGGAACAGAUUGGGGACGGUGGUUGA